UGUUCAACUGUUAGUCGUUACCUAGCGAGAGACAGAGUAACAGCGAGAGAGAAAUAAUGAAGCACGGAAUACGUGAAGCGCUAUGGAUUUGUGGCUUGUUUUACACGAUGUUGGUGAUUCCGGUCGAAACGUCCGGAGUAUUCGAGCUGAAGCUGCUGGCAUUCAACAAUCCGAACAAGCUGGACCAGUCCGGAGCGUGUUGCUCCGGCGAGCGGACCCAGGGUGGCGCCUGUACGGGAUGGUGUCGCACCUACUUUCGCGUCUGCAUAUCGCACUAUAAGGCGCGGAUGGACCAGGACACGAAAUGCACGUUCGGCAGCGGAUCGACGCCCGUGCUCGGCUACUCGCAGGGUUACAACUUCACGAAGGAAUACGUCGGAUUUCCGAAUCCGUUUCGGUUUCCGUUCUCCUUCACGUGGCCGCGAUUCUUUACACUAACUGUCGACGCAUUUCACCAGAGUGGAACAGGAGCGCCAACUAGCCAAGGGUCACGCCUAGUCCUUGGCAUCGCGACACAACGCAUGUUGCGCGCUGGCGUGGUGUGGACGGAGGAGGCUGUUCACAACGACCACCAGGCGGAGCUGCUGUUCGAAUACCGCGCUCUAUGCGACCCUCGAUACUUCGGUGACAAUUGCACGGACUUAUGUCAUCCUCGGAAUGACCAGUACGCUGGUCACUACACUUGCGGUGCGAGAGGACAGAGGGUGUGUCUGAGUGGGUGGUCAGGCGCCUACUGCACUGACGCCAUCUGUCUGUCAGGCUGCCACAAAGAACACGGCUUCUGCGAACUACCCGGAGAAUGCAAAUGCCGACCCGGUUACAAUGGGAAGCUGUGUGACCGCUGCAUGACAUAUCCCGGUUGUCAACACGGAACCUGUCAGUCUCCGUGGGAAUGCACCUGUCUCUCGGGUUGGGGAGGCAUGCUAUGUAACAACGAUCUAAACUUCUGUGGAACGCACAAGCCAUGUAACAACGGCGGCACCUGUACAAACACUGGACUGGGUUUCUACACCUGCAUGUGUCCGAAGGAGUUCACGGGAAGAAGCUGUGAAACGUCCGUUGAUAAAUGCAAGACCUCGUCGUGCUUCAAUGGCGGCACAUGCGCGAAACAGAAUAACAAAAUCAUCUGUAAAUGUCAGCCCGGCUUUAUCGGACAGCAGUGCGAGACCCGUGCUGCCACCUGUGCGCACAUGCCGUGCCUGAGUGGUGGCACUUGUGUGAAUACAACCGAUGGUUACUUUUGCGAUUGCCCUGUUGGGAUACAGGGUAUCCACUGCGAGCAAAAGGAAAGAAGCUGUGCCGACGAUCCAUGCCUAAAUGGUGGCAUGUGCGUCGAUGAUGAUAAGAACGGAUUCAAAUGCAUUUGCCUGAGCGACUUCAAGGGCCGCGUUUGCGAUCAGCGAACCAACGACUGCUCCUUUAACCCGUGUCUCAAUGGCGCCACCUGCCUGCAGCAGAAGAAAUCUAUCGUCUGCGUCUGCCCGGAGGGUUUCAUGGGGUCGAUGUGUCAGUCGAACAUCAACGAAUGUGCGAGCAACCCGUGCACGAACGCCGGCACCUGCUACGACCUCGUCAACGACUACGUCUGCAAAUGCCUGCCGGGUUUCGGCGGCAAGCAGUGCCGAGAUAAUAUCGACGACUGCGCGCAGGCGCCGUGCAAAAAUGGCGGCAGUUGCGAGGACCAGAUCAACGGGUUCCUCUGCCAGUGUCCGUACGGCUACACGGGAGAGACGUGCGCCACGCCGCUGCCCGGAUUCGAACGCAGCGACGCCAAGCAGCUGAACGCGGAAACGUCGAUCCAGGAAGCGAAAGUGCACCAACACAACGCCACCGUUUCCGGAGCGGCGGCCACCGCCGCGGCGCACAGCGACGGCUUUCGAUCGUCGCAGGUCGCCAUCGUCGCCUGCAUUUCCGCUCUGCUCGUCGUCUGCUUGUGCGUGCUCGUCGUCGUCUGCCUCGCCUAUCGUCGCGUGCACGCGAAGCACCAGAACACGGUGUGUGACGUCACGCACGACCUCGAGAACCGCACGAACAUUCUCAACAACAUGGACACGACGGCGGUCUCGUACCUGACUCCGUCGAUGCAGAGCACGCCGCGCAAGCCGGGCAAGGCCGUCAAGUCCACGAACGUCGACUACGAGACGUACAACCUGUCGAUGAACGAGGAGAAAUCGACGAAGGAGAAGAAGCAGCAGAGCGGCGGCAUCGACAAGUGCUACCGCAUCUCGCAGAUCGACUCGUUGGAUGCCGGUGACGUCAUCAAAGCGCAGAAAGUGCUCUUCUUGACGCAAGAUGACGCGCUCGACGCUCAGAGGGUGACCUCCGAGCAGGAGAUUCUGUUUAGAGACAGUAACUGCACGCAGAGUAGGCCUUGCUACAACGUGCCGUUAGAUGACGCCACCGACAUGCAGAAGGUUCCCUUGACGUCAGUCAGUGGGAUGGACUGUGACGCAAGUCGUAGCAACCUUGCGUGCGUUCGCACGCCCACCCUUCCGCCAAUCGCAUUCACAAAGAAAAUGAACAACGCAGAACAGGGGGCGCCACCCAAUGUCGCCGAUCUGUCCAAAGCCAAACAAGAGAACGGUGACGAUGUCUGGACGACUGAAGUAUAGAGUCGUCACUACCCACUACGAGCCAGUGGCGUUACUCCACCAGGCGUGGCCACCGGCUGAGUCCGCAGUACUUUCAUAGGGCGUGAUUGUUUGGUAUGGAUCAGCAGUCUCACGAUGUAGGCCACAGGCAUUGAUAAUAUAUCGACUCUAUACAUAUAUAUCAAUACAAUGGCGACACAGCACACUCGAAGCGGCGAGUGCGGAGGCAUUAGU